AUGGCGCACAGGUUAACAUGGGGGCAAUAUGUCAAUUGGAAUGGUGGUCAGGGCAAAAGCAUUGCUUGUGAUAUGGCUCAAGAAAUCUGCAAUAGAGUGAGCAAGAAUGUUGUGAGAGGGAUGGGAGCAAACAAGACAACAAAGGCUAUGGUUAGGGCAUCAAAGGCAGCUGCAGGAGUACAUCAGAUUGUGAAGGGAAUAGACGAUGCACUGAAG